AUGGGCUCGAAAUCAUCAAAACGGAAUUCGGUUAAUGAUCAACCAUUAAGUCGAGAAACUAUCGAAGAACUUUGUCAAGACACAGGUUUUACCGAAGAAGAAUUGCUCACUUGGCACACAAACUUUUACAAAGAUUGUCCCGAUGGAAAAUUAACAUUGAAACAUUUUGAACAAGAGUACGCCAGGAUCAUGGGCAAACCAACACAAAAGACGGCGAACUACGUUCGACAUAUGUUCAGUGUUUACGAUCAGGAUAAAAAUCAAUUUAUUGAUUUCAAAGAAUUUGUAAUGGCACUGUCCGCUGCAUCAGUUGUUAAUCGUUUACGUCUUGUCGAGACACUUUUUCACGUCUUCGAUUUGGACAAUGACGGUAAAAUAACAAAGGAUGAAAUCGCUAAAAUGUUACACACCCUUGUCGAUGUGACAAAUUCCAAUCAGAAACGUCGUCAACGCCGACAUCAAACAACAAACCAAACUGAACAUGCCAAAACGAUCGAUAUACAAAAACGCGUUGAUGAUGCAUUUAACGAACUGAAUGCAAAUGACGAUGAUCACAUAACAAAAGACGAAUUUAUUGAAUGGUAUAUGAAAUCAGGUUUAUUAUCUGAAGUUCAAACAAAUGAACUCGAUGUUCCCGAUACGUCACGUAUUCAACAUUUAGGCAAAAAAUCGCGAAAAUUUAUGAAACAGUCGUCAAAUACCAAAUCAACAUCUGACCAUGAAGAGAAUGGUCAACGUUUACCCCAACUAGUUCGACACAUGUCGAGAAUGACCGAACGACGAGUACCGACCAAAUAUGAUGAUAAUGAUGACGACGACGACGUUGAGAAUGACUUUCGUGCGCUGAAUAGCAGUAACAAUGUUACGACAGUCUCGGCGCGACAUUAUCAUGAUGAGAAUGGUAUUGACGGCAAAGUCAAUCGGCCGACUAUUCGUAUAACAACGAGUUCAGAUGAUACUGACUCGCAACUUUCCAAAGAAAAUGAGCGGUGGCAACAUUUGUUUAAUUCUGUUCUCGGACAAAUACGUGCACAACGUACUGCCAAUGCUGAAUCGCCGACGACGAAUAAUUUAGCAACUUCAUCUAGUUUUCAAUCGUGGAAACGCGAAGGUGAAGAAAAACUCAAAUCGGAAUACAUUCGUCAAAAAUCGACAGACACUUCCAUGUCUAAUCGAUCAUUUCUAUCCACAAAAAAUGACUUUGAACUCAAGCCAAACCGUCAAAUAUAUGAAAACCAACCACCAGCUUCUCCAGACAUUGUUAGUGUUCGAUUAUAA